ACGUUCUUAAUUUCAUAUUUUCAAACUCACGUCACUUAUGUUUUAGCGGUGAUAGAAUUAUUCUAUAUCUUACAUCUAUGCCCAAAUAACUGAUAAAGAAAAGCUUUUAUGUUUUGAAAUAAAGAGUACAGUUACCGAAGUAUCUUUCUGCGAUUGUUUACCAUGGGUGCUUUAUUUGUUAUCAUACAGAGUGUUAUUGUUUUUCCAUUGGCAUUCUUGAUUCUAAGAGCAUUAUAUCUUAUCGGUACGAUAUACUCUCGUCGCAUCGGGUUACAUAUUCAUAACAGAACAUUUCGGACGAUUUUGUGUAUUGGAUCAGGUGGACACACUACUGAGAUGUUAACACUCGUCUCACGGAUGAAAUUGUAUUUAUACACUCCACGUCUUUACGUUAUGGCUGACUCUGACCACACGAGUGAAGUAAAAGUUCGUAAAAUGGAAAGUCAGUAUUCUGACUCGAAAAUUACAAAAAUUCCUAGAAGUAGAAAUGUAAAUCAAUCAUAUGUAUCGUCGGUAUUUACUACUAUCUAUGCUACUCUAAGCACCAUACCAGUUAUCUAUAAAUUCAAACCAGAUUUAAUUUUCUGUAAUGGGCCCGGCACUUGCAUACCUAUUUGUGUUGUUGCAUUUAUCAUGAGGUGUCUUUUUCUGGUAGAUUGCAGAAUUGUCUUCAUUGAAAGUUUAUGUAGAGUGCAUAGUUUAUCACUUACUGGAAAGAUACUGCAAUAUAUUGCAGAUAUUUUUGUUGUACAAUGGUUACAAUUACAUAAAAUUUGUUUGAGAAGUUCAUACUAUGGAAGACUAACUUAAUGUGAUUAAAUUUCUACAGUCACCUUACUAAAAUUGUAAUUAGGAACUUAUUUGUCUUUAAAACAUUUAUAUUUGUCUCAUUCAUCCAUUUGAUAAGUUUAUUUAAAUUAAAUUAUUGUAAUCAUUCAUAUGUGUAGUGAUCUCAAGUAUAUUUUAAACUAGUAUAUUUAAAAAUAAUUAUAUGUGGCCCACAAGCUUUCAGGUACUUUGAUAAGCAAUAUUUCAUUUAUUUGUUUUGUUGUCGGAGACCCACCACAAAUUUUUAUACCCCCUCCCAGUGUGCUACACCAUUUAUUAAGAUGAAGAUUAUUGUGAUGUAAGUUAUGCAUGUAACAUGUAAUGCUUAAAAUGUAUGAGAAUUUUUUAAAUAAAACUAAUUAAAUUUUAUAAA